AUGAACGAGCCUGAUGCCAUGAAACUGUGUAACCUGUCAAAGGUCCUUCCUAACAUUCCAUAUGCUAGACAUUCUGCUGGGUUUGGGGUGAGCAGGAGCGCAUCAUCCUCAGCCCCGUUUACUUCACGGAGUCAAACCAAUAUAAAGGUGGUGGGCCUUUAUUGUAGUCGUGCACCUACAGAAGAAAAGGUUGUGGCCCAGGUGAAAGAGGAGGAUGGAAGAGGGACAGGAUCUUCUAGUAGGCGAAACAUUUACGUUCGUGUACAGAUUGACAAAAUGACCAUCGAAAUGCUUCCACUCGACGUUAUGCGAAGGAAGUAUCCACAGGUGCUCAUUGACUAUUUGCUAGCAACAGCUGCAUGGGUGUGA